AUGACACCAACCAUGAGGCAUGUGAUGUGCGUGAGGUCGGAUGUCAGCUCCAUCAUAAUGACAAUGAGGGAGAAGGAGAGCCGCGAGAUACCGGAGAAGUACGACGCAGAUCCUAUCAAAGCAAUGACACCAGGGUCAGCCCACACGUUAUUUCCGAACAGGACACCAAUGAGUCUGCCGCCAGUGGCACCAAUAAACAGCGAUGGAAUGACGGUCCCGCACGAGAUGAACAUCCCACCCGCGUAG